UGUGUACUCUCCUGGCUGUUUAACUGAGCUCUACCUCUCUCCAGGCCUUCAGUCACUCAUCUAUUCAAUCACUUCAGCAACCAUGAGUUUGAGAUCAAGCUACAGCGUGCGUUCCUCCACCUCCCAGGUGCCGGUGUCCCAGAUGUCCCAGAUGUCCCAGAUGUCCAUUAAGCGUACCACCAACGUGCCGACUUACCGGGCUGCGAGCAUCUACGGCGGCGCCGGAGGCCAAGGAACCCGAAUCUCCUCUGCCUCCUACUCAGGUGUCCGCAGUGGAGUUGGACUUCCCUCAAUGUCCAGCUCCAUCCAUGUGAGUGCCACUGGAGCCACCGGUGAUAUCAUGGGCAAUGAGAAGAUGGCCAUGCAGAACUUGAACGACCGUCUGGCCUCCUACCUGGAGAAAGUGAGGACCCUGGAGCAGGCCAACAGCAAGCUGGAGCUGAAGAUCCGCGAGGCCCUGGAGAAGAAAGGUCCUGAAGUCUGUGACUACAGCCGCUUCCAGCCCAUCAUUGACGAUCUGCGCAGGAAGAUCUUUGAUGCCACUUCAAACAACGCCCGUCUAGUGCUCCAGAUUGAUAACGCCCGCCUGGCAGCUGAUGACUUCAGAGUCAAGUAUGAUUCUGAGUUGUCCAUCCGCCAGGGUGUGGAGGCUGACAUUGCCGGCCUGAGAAAGGUCAUCGAUGACACCAACAUGAACCGCAUGAACCUUGAGAGUGAGAUUGAGGCCCUUAAGGAAGAGCUCAUCUUCCUUAAGAAGAACCAUGACAAUGAGGUAAUGGAGCUUCGUAACCAGAUCUCCCAUUCAGGAGUGCAGGUGGAUGUUGAUGCCCCUAAAGGACAGGACCUAGCCAAGAUCAUGGAGGAGAUCAGAUCCAAGUAUGAGAAGAUGGCCCUGAAGAACCAGGAGGAGCUGAAGGCCUGGCACGAAUCUCAGAUCACAGAGGUUCAGGUACAAGUCAUACAGAACACAGAGGCCCUCCAGGGUGCACGUACAGAAGUCAACGAACUGCGCCGACAGAUCCAGACAUUGGAGAUCGAGCUGGAGUCACAGAGGAACCUGAAAGGAUCACUGGAGGCCACUCUGCGAGACACCGAAAUGCGCUACAACAUGGAGAUCGAGAGUCUCAAUGCUGUCACCAUGCAACUGGAGGCUGAGCUCACACAACUGCGCAACAACAUCCAGCAUCAGACGCAGGAGUACGAGGCUCUGCUGAACCUCAAGAUGAAGCUGGAGGCAGAAAUUGCCACCUACAGGAGACUUCUGGACGGCGGGGACUUCAAGCUCCAGGAUGCUCUUGAUGAGCAAAAGAGGGUGAAAGUAAUGACGGUCACACAGACGUUGGUGGAUGGGAAAGUGGUGUCGUCAAGCACAGAAACCAAGGAGAAGAAAUUUUGAACAUCAAAUUUAAGAUCAGCCUCCACAACACAUCAGAAAAAACCACAUGGGUCAAUGAUAAAAUGAUCCAAAGACAGGCUGCUAACACAUUAGAUAUUUAUUUAGUCCAUUAGUACUUACAAUAGUACCUUAUUGUAAGUGUCUCAGAGCACAUUUGCAACGAGAUUUAACACUAACUUAAAACAAACAAAAAAAAUCUUUGUUUUAUGUUUUUUAUUUUUUAUAACAUUUUAAUAACUACAACCAAAAAAGACUGAAGGUCAAAAACACUAUUGAACUUUAUUACAUAUUUUUGUAAUGACAAUGAUUUGUUAUGGUCAUCAAUUGUCCCAUUUUGGUUUUAUGUUGUGUUGUUGUCAUGAUGUCUUGUCCUUUCAAAUAAAAGACACUUUCAUUCAA